ACGGUUAUGAGAUUAUAUGCCUUCCGUGCACCAGCACAGUAAUGCGAACGAUUAUGAGCGUAUUCCAUGGAAUUUUAAUGGAUAAAGCGACUCAAAACAUGAUAAAAAAAAAACACCAAACACUCAUGGUUAUUUACCUGCCAAUAGAUUUGAUAUGGUUUUCUACAACAUCUUAACACUUAUGAAACACUUCACAGAAUUACAGACUGGGCUCAAGAAUUACAAUUCUUCUGAGAAUGAAUGUAAGGGAAAAACAUUCGAGCUGAAGCGUCCUGUGACUCACGUCGGUCCGUGGAGGGGACCAGGAUAUGACACCAGAGGAGGGCGGCAACCUGGAGGUCCAUUCAAGUCCUCAGUGGCCGGCAGCCCACUCCGACACCGUCCUCGGACAGAGAAACAUGCUCCUCCCUGGAUGUUUGAUAUGGAUUUUAAUACCAUCGCUGGGAUUUGCAGCUGGAGGAGAGAGGACUCUACCUCAUGUGAUGAAGUUCCAAACUGUGACUCCUCAGAGGCUGAAGGAUUCAUCUCAACCUGCUGAAGCUGAUGCGACUCAGACCUACCCUGACUCCCUUCAGUACUCCCUCGCCAUUGGUGGGAAAGAACGCACACUGCAACUGCAAAAGAACAAGGACCUAUUGAGACAGGAUUUUACUGUGACUCAUUUUGCUGAGCAGGGGACUCAACUCACAUCUACUCCGGACCACCAGGCUCACUGUUACUAUCACGGACACGUUGUCGGGCUGGAGGACUCGUCUGUCAGCGUGGAACUCUGCUCAGGAAUCAAGGGAUUUGUUCACCUCCAGGGCCAAACGUACCUCAUAGAGCCGUUAAGAGAAGACAGUAGAGUUUCGGAAACUGGUGAAGCUCUUCAUGCUGUCUACAACUACAAGCAUCUGAGGCUGAAGAGGAGCUCCUGUUCCCAUGGAAACACGACCACUUUCUAUGAUCACGGAGCCCGUUCCUCUGGAAUGUUUCGUCUCAGCAGCCUGAGGAGCCGACCGCAGACUAAAGAGCACAAAACCAAAUCCAGAACAGUGGAGCUGGCAGUAGUGGUGGAUAACUCCGAGUACAAGAAGUUUGGAAGUAGGAAAGCCAUCGAGGCAAGAGUGCUGGAAAUUGCAAACCAUGUUGACAAGCUGUAUCGUCCGGUGGGGGUCCGGGUGAUGCUGGUCAGUCUGGACGUCUGGUCUUACUCAGAUCAGAUCACUGUGAGCACCAACCCUGAGGAGACUCUCACUCGCUUCCUCGAGUGGCGUCAGCGGAACCUGGUACCCAGGACCAAACAUGACAAUGCCCAGUUCAUCACAGGACUGGACUUUGACGGUUCCACUGUUGGCCUCGCAAACACAAAUGCAAUGUGCACUUCUAGCUCCGGGGCCGUCAACGAGGACCACAACAACAACGCCGUCGGCGUGUCCGCUACCAUUGCUCACGAGAUGGGUCACAACCUGGGACUGUCCCAUGACACUGAAAACUGCGUCUGCGGGUCGGUGAUAUCCAAGAGAGGCUGCAUCAUGGCUGAGAGCGUCGGGACUGUGUAUCCAGAGCUGUUCAGCAGCUGCAGCCUGCAGCAGCUCAGCAGGUUCCUGGAGGAGGUGAACCCUGCUUGCCUGUUGGAUUCCCCCUCGACGGAGAGAAUCUUCGGAGGCCCGAUGUGUGGCAAUGCCUUUCUGGAGUCAGGAGAGGAGUGUGACUGCGGCACUGUGGAGGAAUGUAAGAAUAAGUGCUGCAACGCUUCGACCUGCCGACUGAACGAGGGAGCCCAGUGCGCCGACGGAGAAUGCUGCCACAACUGUCAACUGAAAGCCACCGGCAGCGUCUGCAGACCAAAAGCUGGAGACUGUGAUUUGGCAGAGUACUGCACAGGGCUGUCAGCCUCCUGUCCUGCCGACGCCUACACGCAGAAUGGCCUGUCGUGCAACCGGGGAAGGGGAUACUGCUACAAUGGCCAGUGUCCUUCCAGACAGCAGCAUUGCAAGAGACUGUGGGGACCAGAUGCUGACGUUGCUGUGGACGCCUGUUACUCCCGGUAUGGAAGCUGUCGGAACAAGCUAUUCAGCCAACGAUGUUCCAUCCAAGAUCAGUCCUGUGGGACUCUUUACUGUUCGGGGGGCUGGGAAUUCCCUGUCACGUCCAGGAAGUCCUUCUAUCAGUUAGGGAGCAACGUCUGCAAUGAGGCAACCAUGAACCCCGCCGACAACUACCCCGCCGACUUUGGUCUGGUGCCCACGGGGACCAGGUGUGGAAACAACAUGGUCUGCUUCAACCAGAAGUGUCAGGACAUGAGCACCAUCAGAGCGUACGGGAGCAACGACUGCUCUGCUAAGUGCCACAACCAUGGGGUUUGUGACCAUGAAAGUCGGUGCCACUGUGAUCCGGGCUGGGCACCACCGUACUGUGACGUACAGCAGUCAGAGAUAGCUGCAGGAGCAGGGGCUGUGUUCAUUGUAUCCCUGGCUGUGGGUUUACUCACACUGAUGGUGCUGAUCGUUGGAAGUCUAAUGUGCUUCGUACGAAAACAUAAACCUGCGAAAAGAUGCCUCCAAUCUACCUCUGGACAGUCCAACCCACUGUUUCACUCCAGCGGUCCCCGACUGGGGUCCACAGCGAUCAGCCAGCCCACCUUCGUAGAGUCCUCACACACUCAAGUGUGUAAACCUCUGACCCCGGCUUCAGUCAGGUCAUCUGGCAGGGCGUUUAAGCCCAGCAGAGCUGCACCAGAGCCACCACUAAAGGCACCACCUCUGUCUCAGCCCUCCUUCAUGAAACAGGCUCUGAAGCCUCCUGUGUCACUGCCAGCUGCUGCAAGCAAGCCCAUCUGCUCUGAGGCGAUGCCACGCCCUCCAUCCAAACCUCUGCCACCACUCACCAAGACGCCGAAACCACCGAUGCCUCCGGUGAAGCCCAAGCCAUCAGCUGGCCCUCUUCCGCUGCCGCACACUACGCUCGCUGGGAGAGCUGCCUUGAUGCCCCCCUCGAGGCCCAGAUGACUGAUGUCACGUGACACUGAUGAUGUUGUCACACCGAGAUCCUCAAGAGACACCCGUCUGCAUUGAUGCGGGACAAGAUCCACGGCAGGAUCAGCGGCAUUGAUGGACGGCCAGUCUUUGUCUCCAGGGACCUGAUGAUCACUGUCUUGCUUCUUUAAAAGCCUGUUUUUCUACAUGGAAAAACAAGGUGCUGUCGAGUCCUGUGCUCUUGUGACGACCGGCUCCUGCUGCCAUGAUGACGCGCUUUGAAGGGAAACCUAUCCUGAGACAUGUGAACACUGAUCACGGUACUGCCUUUCUUAAACGCAAUAUGUUCGUGAGGGAUUUAAAAUAUACUGCAUAAGAGCGGGCACUUUAUUGAGAAUGAGAUUUGAAAAGUGGAUUUUUUUUUCCCCCCGAUUUUAAUGAACAUAUGUAUUUUUGAUUUUAUAUUUGAUUCUACUCACUGAGUUCUUGAUGGGUUGAUUCAUUGUGCUGUUUUGAAAUCAGCCUGUUUGUAUUUAUUGAGAUUUUGUUUGUUAUUUGUUUCUAAAAUAAAGCCCU